UUCAUGUUUCAAAUGAGUUUUGUUCAUCCCUGUAAUAACCCACAUAGGACUUUGGGAGAACACAAGAAACGUUUGUAUAACCCCGAGUAGGAGGCAACUGACUUGUAAAUUUUUUAUUGUCCAAGUUUCGGAAUUUAAAGCAGAGGCCCUACAGUCACCUUAGAACAGAUAUAAAAAGUCGUAAAAAAAAAAAAGGUGAAAAACAGAAACAAUAUUAUAACAAGAGCCCAAUAUUAAUACCUAAGCGUAAUCACAGCGAAACAGAAACCAAACAAGAAAAAGAGUAGAACCGAACAAGAAAAAAAGUACAAUCACGCAUUUUAUUCAAAACGAUUUUUGUCACUUCUCUCCCAGGAUAGUUAAAUUAAUUUUCAACUUCUUAAUUAACUUUUUGUGAAUUAAAAAGGGAGCAACAUCCCAAACAAUAUUUACAUUUUUUAAAACUUUAAUUCUGUUUCCUUUGUAUCCCACCGAUCGACUAAUGAUCCCAACCCACUAUGAGUUUACUACGGAACCAAUAAUGAUAAGUGGUUUUUUUAUUUUGUUUUGUUUUGUCCUGAUAAGCAAAGUGCUGUUUAUCAGCAUUUUCAUGCAAAUUCUAACGAAUUUGAUUAUGCACCCAUGGUGAUAUCGUAGCUUUUGUAUAAUUUUAAGUGCUGAGGAUUUCUUUGUCCACCUUCAUAACAUUCUACCCCUUAGUGUUGACAAAGGCUUAUUUAAUUGCUUUCUUUAUUUGCAUUCAAAAAAGUUUAUUUUCGUGUUUCCUAGAUUUUACGUGCAUCCCUUGCAACGACCUUGGAAUGGGAGAAAAGAGCACAACCUUUAAAAAAGAAGGUCUCAGUAUCAAGAUUACCACAUUGCAGUAUGUUGCAAGCAAAUGAAAAAUGUCAUGUAUUGUCAACAACACUCAAUUUUUCUUGAACCCCAUUAAUAAUUCACAAUCCUCUCUAAUAACUAGCAUAAGAUGUCAUGUUCAUGUAAUUGAAAUCAGCUCAUGUUCUCUAUUUGAUCCGUCCGUGAUACUUAGUUCGGAAAGUCGAGAGGAGGAAAAUGUUAUCGAUUUUCGUGUUUUAAAAAUAUCAAAACAAAAUGGCUUUUGUGCCUAGAGGUAACAAGAUUCAAAAUGCUGAAGAAACUACUCACACGAUCACCUCGCUGAAUGAUAAUAUGGACAGAAACGCUAAGGACGACAGCCAACGUAAACCUGAAACGUUCAGAUCCUUCGUAGAAGACACAUCAAUGCAUGGAGCUCGUUUCUUGUUUGGCAACAAUAUCUUCCGAAGAGGAUUUUGGACAGUUCUUUUGGUAUUAAGCUCCGGUUAUUGCAUCUUUCAAAUUUAUGCAAGCGUCCAAUUUUAUUACCAGCGACCAUUUAACAUCAAAAUUACGAAAAUUAUGCCCAAGCGCGAAACUAGUCUGCCUUUUCCCGCUGUUACACUCUGUAACUUGAAUCUCUUCAACCUACGAAGAUACCGGAGAUACCAAAUUGGAAAGAACUUAACCACAGAGACAAUCGAGGGAAAGCGUUACGCAAUCGCCAAGCUUUUAGCCCGCUCAGAGGACGUUUUUAACAACGAGACAAAGAAGGAGCACCUGGAGUUGUUCUGGCGAUUUUAUGGCGAAGUUCCUGAGGUUUUCUUUUUGAAUCUCUUCAGUCAUGAGAUUGAAGAAAUGCUCCUUCCAAGGACAAUAUUCAAUUCCUGUUUGUACGACGAAACAGCAUGCGGCCCUGAAAACUUUACCCAGUUUAUAAGCUCCACGUAUGGGCGAUGUUAUACUUUUAACUCUGGCAAGGAUGGUCACCCUGUAUUAAACGCCACAAUGGCUGGGCAGCUGAACGGACUUAGGCUGUUGUUGAACAUUGAAAUAGAAAGUUAUUUGGAGAAUCCUCUCAACCCCUUUGCAGGGCUUACAGUUCUCAUUCAUGAUCAGAACACAUUUCCUUUCAUGGAACAGUUUGGAUUCGUCGUUCAACCAGGUGUUCGAACUCUCUGCUCCAUAAAGAGGAAAAAGAUCCAAAACUUGGAACAUCCGUACGCCACUAACUGUAUCAAGAAUGGAAAACUGGAAAAACUAGAAAGCAUUAAAAAUUCAUAUUCCAAGCCUGGCUGUUUAAUGGAGUGCUUGGGGAAGUUCGUCAUUGCAAAAUGUGGUUGCCGACCUGUAGAAUAUAGAGAUUUACAGGUCCCUCUUUGUGCUCCCAAUGAUACAGUGCUGUGUCUGUUCCCAACAUAUAGAAAAUACGGAAAAUCAACAUUCAAAGAUAAAUGUGAAGAGAGUUGUCGGGAACCUUGUCAACACACCGAGUACGAAACAUCCCUGUCUUAUGCCGGGCUGCACAGAAAUGUCUUCGCAGAUAAACUUAGCUCUCGUGUGAAUUUGACAAAGAACUUUUCACUCUACGAACAAUUCCUGAGUUUUUCAGACCGGGAGAAGAAGGAAUAUAUAGAAGAAAACAUCAUUUCAUUGGACAUAUUUUUCCAUGACAUGAGCUAUGAUGAAAUAGAACAAACCAAGGCUUACGAGGCAUGGACAUUGCUUGCAAAUUUGGGUGGAACUUUUGGUCUUUUCCUUGGAGCAAGUAUGAUCACCAUCCUUGAAAUAUUGGAAUUCAUCAUGAGAAAGAUUUGGUCCAACAUUUGCAACUAAACAAGCGAAAAAAGAU